CACGUGUCUCGCAUCGGCGUCGGCACGACUCGGCAUGACUUGGCACUGUUGCUUUAAUUAUUGACAAAUAAAUUACAUUCCAUCUUAUGUGUCGAGUGCUGGAGAAACACGCAACUUCUAACUGAUUCCUAGAUGCGGCACUGUUCCGUUUUCUAAGCUGCAAACUCGCCAUCGCACACGAUCAUUGGCGUCGCUCGAAAAGAUCGGUAAUCGAUUAGUCACGUCUCCUAUGCAGGAACUGUAAUCGAAAGUGGGUCGGAUCCAUCAUGCACUUAACUUAAGGAAUGGCGUACGCUGCACAUGAUUAACAGGGUAAACCAAGUGAGAGACGUUUACCUGAGCUAUGCGUAAAGACACACGUGAACACACACAAGUAAAAAAAAAAGAAAAAAAAAAUGGAGGUCGGGCAGCACGAAAUUGCAAAGGCGAAGGAAUUUUGGAGCCGUGUUGAUGUAGACCACAUGUUCAGUAAGCUGAACAGAUACCUGGACAACGUGAGAGAGAUGAUAAAGACCCAUACUGCCACAGACAGAGAUUACGUCUGGAGCAUGGCUCUUGUGCUGGAAUCCGAAGUUUCACUCGGUAGCGACGGUGAGUUUGAUUCCAUCCAAGAAGCACCUCUGAGCUCAGACACGGCGUCGGCUUCCCUCACCCGAGAGGACUGUAAUCUGCCGGAUCUAGAGGAAGGAGUGGGAUGUGAAUGGAAGACAGAGAAUCACAGGAAAAUGGACGACAAAGUCUCUGAGUCAGAAGCUUUCGUAUCGAUAUUGAAUCACCCCAGUCCACAUACCCCACUCUCCUCAGUCCAGGCAGAGAGUGAAAACUCUCCUGUCUACCACCCAGCGCUUCAACCUGAAGUCGACAACCACCUUGGACCUUCACUGCCUUUUCUGCCCUCCUGUCAUCUAUAUUUCUGUGACCCUACCUGUUUGUUCGCUUUCCCUCGGUCUGUAAAUCACUUCCAGGGUGAGAAUCCCCUGAAGGUUCCUCUUUUGUGUAAUUUUCGCCGGCUGCUCGCUAAGCCCUUCAGGCAAGCUGGAGAACCAGAGGUAAAAAGGCUGGAUGUCUUAUACAACGCCCCAUGUGGGCGUAGCAUGCGGCACCCAGGAGAGGUCCUGCAUUUCCUACGUGAGACAAAAGCUGAUGGCGUACUGCGCUUAGACAAUUUUAGCUUUAAUGGUGAUAUCCUGGUGGAAAGGCAUUAUAAUCCUGCCACAAAACCACUGAUGUUUGAGAAAGAUAUUAGCAAGGGAGCGGAACCAGUCCCUGUCCAGCUGUGCAAUGAGGUUGAUGAGGCGCGGCCAGAGGAGUUCCGCUACAGGAAGGACCGAUGGCCUCAUGGCUGUUUCGUCAGCUCCAUCCCACUCUUCUCUGCCUGCUGCGACUGCCAGGAUGGCUGUAUGGACACGUCUAAGUGCUCCUGCUUGACACUUUCUCUCAGAGGCAGUCACGCGGAGGCCCAGUGCAAAAGCUAUGUCCCAGAGUUGUACACCCACAGACGGCUUCUCGAGCCGGUACCAUCAGGAAUUUAUGAAUGCGGUCCAUGGUGUGGCUGCAGCCGGGAACAGUGCCAGAACCGUUUGGUCCAGGAUGGUCUGCGUGUGCGUCUGCAAGUCUUCCGUACACAGAACCGAGGCUGGGGUGUGCGCUGCCUCGAUGACAUUGAUCGAGGCACCUUUAUCUGCACCUAUGCAGGAGCGCUUCUCAGGGCGGGAUCACCCUCAGAUGAAUCAUGUUUCAGCACAUCUCCUCAGUACCUCCCUUUGAAAAGGAAGUGGCAAGGGACAACUUCAGACGACGAAGUAGAGGUAGUGGAGGAAUGGAAGGUGGCCUCCGACGACUCGGAAGCGUUCUUGGACACCCUGGAUGCUCCAAACCUGGACCCUGCCAGUACCUCUUCUCUUUCACAUGUGUCUGUAAUCCAAGGCCUUCCAGAUUCCUUGGCACAAGACAAGACAGCAGAGCUGAGCAGAGGUGUACGGGGGAAAGAAUUCUCAUCCUGUUCGCAGUCCAAGUCAGUCCAAUCUCAAACAGAUUUAAAGGUGGAGGACUUGGAGGUAGAAGAGAGUAUGGAAAACAAUACUAGAUUAAGACUGAAAUGUAAAGCGAAAAGAACAGGAAGAACCUCUGACACACCACAUACAACGGAGGAUGGACACAGUGAUGAAGACCGUGGGCAAGAAAACAAAUUUUGUGAGGACUUGAAGGAACAGCUGUAUUAUAUGGAUGCCACAGACGAGGGUAACGUGGGAAGAUUCCUCAAUCACAGCUGCUGCCCCAAUCUCUUUGUCCAGAGUGUCUUCAUUGAGUCUCAUGAUCGAAACUUCCCCACUGUGGCCUUCUUCACCAGCAGGAUGGUGCAGGCAGGGACCGAGUUGACCUGGAACUAUUCUUAUGCUCCAGGAAGUGCUGCAGAACAGGAAGUUCCCUGUCAGUGUGGGCAUGAAAACUGCCAAGGAACCCUGAUCUGAGAACUUGGAAAAUACAUGGAGGAGAUAUUUCUACAAAGAGUUUUUCUUAGAGAUAGAAUAUGUUUUCAGAAUAUUAGAAUAUUUUUUUGAAAAAGAAGUCUAUAAUGUUUAUACUUUUACUCUAUAUUAAGCUUUGGUACGGGCUUAUUGAUGAAAUCUUGUGUGAAUGAAGAUGUAAGAACAGUUAAACGUCUUUCACCAAUCACUGAAUAAUAAAUGAUCCAUUCUCUCUCUGACACUAUCCAGUAACACUACUAGGAUUCCUUUUCACAUUGUAUCGAUUAGACAGCACUGUACUACAGUGAGGUUUUCUGAAAAUAAACUGACGGGAAUACUUAAUUUUAGCAGUUUUCCCCCUGCGCUAAAACGCAACCUCCCUUAUAGCCAGUUCCUGUGGCUGAGAUGCACACGACCUGAAACGAAACACUCUCCCUACUGUCACUCUGGUGAGCAGAGAGAGCCUGUCUAACUGUGUAAAAGAGGGAGGACGCAGUAAAUAACACACAACACAGAGACAAUCUUGUUUUGCUUGCGAAAUUUCAUACUCAGGAUGUAUUGGUUUAAAAAAAAAAA